GGGCCGGGCCGGGCCGGGCGGAGGGGCCGCCCCGCCUCUUAGUCGGCGGCAGCUGCUGCUGCGGGGCCGCAGCCGCCGUGGGCCGCCGCCAUGCCGGGCUCGCUGAAGGAGGAGACGGCGCUGCUGCUGGAGGAUUACUUCCAGCACCGCGGCGGCAGCGCCGCGCUGCCCCCCAGCCCCACGGCGGCCACGCUGCGGCGGGCGGCGGCCGAGCUGGAGCGGCGGGAGCGGCCCUUCUUCCGCUCCUGCGCGCCGCUGGCGCGGGCCGAGCCGCGGGAGGCGGCGGCGCUGCUGGAGCGGGUGGCGGCGCAGCUGGAGGCCGAGGGCGGCCUCAACUGGGGCCGGCUGCUGGCGCUGGUGGUGUUCGCGGGCACGCUGGCCGCCGCGCUGGCCGAGCGGGGCUGCGGUGACGGGCCGCGCUGCUUGGCCGCCACGCUGGCCGCCUACCUGGCCGAGGAGCGGGGCGAGUGGCUGGAGGCGCACGGCGGAUGGGAGGGCUUUUGUCGCUUCUUCAGCAGUCACGGCUCCCAAGCAGCUGACCAGAGCAGUACCAUCAGCAAUGCCAUCAUGGCUGCAGCAGGGUUUGGAAUAGCAGGAUUGGCUUUUCUCUUGGUGGUGCGGUAGGCUGAUGAACAGAUCUUGCCAUGGGAAAGUACUCAAAACUGACGAUUUUCCAGAUUUCACUCUAUUUUCUAUAGAACAGACCCUCUAAGAAGAAGUUUAUAUUUUUAAACUGGCUCGGAAAACUGUCUCACCAAAUCCUUGGCUAUAAACUGCUUCACUUGCUACCCAGUAACAGCACACACAAAUGUGUACUAAACCACCAUUUGUGCAUGUUCAAAACCUGUCGUCUCCAAACAUCCUCUGGACUUUCUUUUUGAAGGUGUAACCUAAACUUUAGCGUGGUUCAUUGUACUGUAACUUCUGAGUGCUUGAUGUUAUGCUAGGAAAACCUUAUGGUGGACUUGCUACUAAACCCUCUCUUGGAGCUGACUUACCUAUGUGGAGGCAAGUCUUCAAACCCACCUUCCAUUAUUACUGUAAAGUGGGCGAACGUUGACUGUGAUUUAAAUGGCUUAUGGCUUCACAUACAGUGCACAGCACUUGUUACCGAAAGGCAACUUGUUGGUUGAUUUAGAGCAAUUAGAGCCCAUGAUGCGAGAGGCAUUGGGGCUUAAUAUAACAUAAGGCUGAUUUCAUUACACUACAAUAAGUAUUGAUACAGUAAUGGCUGCAGUCCUGUUCUUACUGAAAGGAAAGGAAUUUAAAUAUUAAACCUUAAUUGGUAUAUUGAAAUCCAGUGGAGGCUGGAAUUUCUCUGGAUUUCCUUGACAAAACGAGAAUUUCCAUAUAUCUUAAUAUAUUUUUGAAGUAUUUAUCACUGUAUAAUACUUGUAGCCAUGACAUCUUUAUUUUUGUUUAAAACUUAAUGAUGGUUCUUGUCACUAGUGUGUAUCAAGCGUUGUCUUGUUUGAGUAAUAUUUCACUCUGUUUUCAACAUGCUGUGUAUUUCUUUCCGUGGUUGUACAAAUUGCCUUAUGUUCCUGCUAGCUUUUAAUAACGUUCCUGGGUUACUCAUAGCGUGUACAAUUUUACUAUGGUGACUUCAAAGGUGAAUAAAUGUUAAGUAUUUUUAUUUUAAAAAAAAAACUUCUGCUUAUUUGACCGGGUGGAUGAUGGUACUUGGACAGCGAGUGUUUUGGUGGUUACCUGGAUGCACCACCUUCCUGGUACUUUGACCUGAAACGAGGAGCUGUGCAGCACCAGAGCAGUGUGAUGCUGCUCUUCAUUGCAGAGGAGUCCUCCAGUCAGAACUAGGGUUCUCUAAACUCGGCUUGGCUCCUCUCAGCAAAAGGAUUAAGAGCCCGCAGCGUGGGGCCGUCAUGCUCAGUUCCUCUCUCGAGUUCCCACAGGGAUGGUGCCUGCUUCUGCAGCAGCUGGAUGCUCUGGGGCAUCUGCCAUCAGUCCUCCUGGGAGGCUGCAGUCCCUGAAACUGUGGCUACGGACCAACAGCUGGCCUUUUCCCUGCUGCUGACAAUUCUUCUGUCUCACUGAACCUCUGAAAGCCUCGUGGUGGUGGUUCCCCACUGUGCAGAGACCUCACGCCUCUGACCUCGUGCCGCUGCGGUCCCCUUUGCGUGGCUGCCCAAGUUCCCAGUGGCUAAAGGCAAAGAUGUGCUCUCUCUUGGCCAGUGUCACGGACAAGGUGAGGCUUUGCUGUAAGAGCAAUUGCUUGGUGAUGGCAGUCACCCUCCUGGGACCACACAUCCAUCCUUACCCUCCUGGAGUGGUGAGCACAAAGGGACAGGCAGCAGCACGGAGUUAAAUGCAGCACAUUCACUGGGGAUGAGAAGUAAGGCAGGAGGGGAAACACUACCAUGGUGGGGGGUUCUUCAGCUUUGUUUCAUGUGGAUGGAUUUGGGGGAAUUCCAGAGGUGGGGAACGAAAUUCCAGAAGUGGUGGUGAUACCCAUGUGGUAUAUACCCCUGUGGGCCCAACACCCUAAGGUAAGGGCAGGAGAAAAGGUUUCCAGCAACAAACCAAGGUUCAGUGCUGUCCUGUGCAGUGCAGUGCUGUGCAGUGCUCAUGCUCAUGCUCUCGCCCUCUUUUUUCCCUGCCCUUAGCACAGAUGCUGAACAGCCCUACACGCCUGACACUGGCUCCAGGUGUAAUCAGUGGCAGCCUGGUGGGGUCUCUGUCCCCAUCCCCCAGGAGCAUCUGAGGGCUGUUGAAUCCCUCCAAGGGACACUUUGGGGACACAGGGUGUUGGCCCCAGUGCUACCCCACUGCCUGUGGCACAUCAAGAGAGGGCGGGAAGCACCACAAGGAGGCACAUGGAGAGACACUGUCUGCUCCCAAAUUAGUUACCAGUUUGGUUUUCCUGUUUACUCCCUAAGUGGAAAACAGGGAGAGAGUAAAAAAACACCCUCUUCCCCUUGGCUAUAAAAAGAUCUUGUGUGGGCACAGGAAUUUUACCUCCUUUUCAUUUUUUUUCCAGUCUGGCAGAGCCUGGGUGGCGCCAGGUGUGCAGCGUGGGCUGGAACAACAGGAAUGCAAACAGAGAGGGAAGCUGGGAAUAGCAGCUCCUCGAUAGGAGAUAAUUCUUCUCGGGCAGGGAACUAGGCUCAUUCACCAGUCUGCUGGUGAGCAGCUGUACUGGGUUUCACAAAGCACAAGGGUCGCAGAGGAGAUGUGCCGGGUUGUGCUGGGGACACACAGCCCCCACCACAUGUAGCCAGCAGUGACCCAGCCAGGGUGCAAGGCAGCCAAGGGCCACUCAGCUCCACGGGGUGGGACAAAAGGUGAAGAAACCACAUCAUCCUUGCAUUGUUUCUUGGGCAGAUUGCAAUGAAAAGGCUGGGUGGGUUUGGGCAGCAGGAGGUCAGGUCAGAGCAGAUAAGAUACUGCCACGCUGGAAAAUAGGCUGGGCUGUGUUUUGGGUUGAUGGCAUCAGGGUAAGUUAUUGGUGUCUUAAACCCUGCAAGCCCAGAGAGGCUGCUAACUCUUGUUUGCCUCAGAUUGUUUGUGCAAAAGAUACUGAGAAAUGAACUCCUUUCCUUCAUAAUUGGCCAUAAUCUUAUCUGAAACCUCCGAAGUGUCCUAGCGACUCCUCAAGGAGAUACCAGCCAAACAAAAAAGAAGUCCAAGAACAUUUAUUUCUGAGGCUUGAAACUGGACAAUGGCACAAGUUUCUUGGCCAGCUUUGGUCAUCCUUAUUUAUCAUGUCUUGCUUUGGUAGCACCUGAGCUUUCUUGCCUCUUUGCUUCUCUGGAUAACAGAAGCUGCUUUAGGAGUGAAGUUUCAAAGUUGAUUUAGCUAAUAACUAGGAAAAACUACUGCAUGGGAGCAGCAAGCUGCAGCAGCCUGAAAGUUCUUCUCUGACAAAGUGUCUGCUUGUUGCUGGUUCAUGACAUAGAAUUAGUUUUCAGACCUAUGAGUUGGCCAGGUUUUGCCACAGCUACUAUGUGCUUUAUUAACUGUUGCAUUCUUCCCCAGUUUUCAGUCAUGACUCAAUUCCAAGUAAGUGGUGUUCUAACAUGUAAGCAUCCUGCAUCAGCACCACAGCAAGUUACUGUGACCAGAUCUCUUCUCUGUCAACCUUUCUUGAUUAGCAGAAAUAAACCAUUUAAGGGAAGGGAACUGAAUUCAUCAGCAUGUGCCUGGGCUCUGGGUCAUGGUGACUCUCUGGCAUUACCCUGCUUACGCCUUCAAAAUACUGGCCUCUUCCUUUUCUUUCAGAUGAGUCCCUUGGCAGCUGGAGUGACGGUGGGACACACGCCUGCUCCCUGUGCCCGUGUGGAUGCCCUCAAUUCAUCCAGGUACAAUGUGGAAUUUAUGAGUGAAGAAAGUGGAUGCAAAGGGUAGAUAAAUGUUGGGUUCUGAGCAAUACAAGCCAACUGGGGAAAUGAGCAGUUUGCUACCCUGCUGUAAUGAUUUUAUUAAUAGAAACCAGUUCACAGGCAGUAAGGACUCUGUCAAAACAAAUUGGGGUUUUUUUCCUGCUGUUUUGCUCACCCCCUCCAAGCCUUUGGGCAGCUGCUAGCAAGGCUCUUCCCUGGCUAGCCAGCAUGUCCUUCACCUUGCUGUGCUCAGCACUCACUCCUCUGGGGCUCAUUGCCCUCGGCCUGGCUGUGAGGUUUUACCCCACAGGACCAGGGCCAGCAGCACCACAGGUCAUGUCCAAGGCAGCCUGGCUUGCCCCAUGCCACAGGAGCAGUGGGGCCAGGCAUGGCGGAGUUAAAGCCCUUAGCCUGGCUCUGCUGAAACCCGAGGUUGCAUGGUUUGUGUGCACAGCCUGUCCCAGUUUGCCUGGGGUUUACCACACACAUUUUCGUCAUGCUUGCAAAAUGCUGUUAUCACAACUUGCAAAAACCUCAUCCUCAUCUGAUCAGAGUGAAACCAGCGUGGCUCUGCACCACGUCUCCAGCGUGUCUGGUCUGCUGAGCGCUCCAGCAGGGCACACUGGUGGAGCUCAGAGGUGCUUCACUUUGCUGCUUUGGGAUUUUUUUUUUUUUUUCAUUUUAGACUCCCUGACCUAUGAAAGCAGUUGGUCACCACUGCAGCCAGGGUACUUGCUGCCUUAGCUACUGGCCAUGACAUGGCUUUUUUUGGAGGACUGAUGGAGCCUUUCCAUAGGCAACGUGCUGCAGAGAAGCUGAAGAUGUCAGGGAGCCGGUGUUGGGAUGUUCCUGAGCAGAGGGCCCAGGCUGCCACCAAAGCCCUGCUGAACAGAGACACAGAUGGACCUGGUGGUGAAGCCCAUGACAGUAUCUGCACUCCCUGUCCCACCGGGCAAGCAGCGCUCCUCUGGGGUCACCAUGUCCUGCUGGGGUGAGGUUUUAAGAUUUUGUUUACGAGCCACAGCAGGAAGCUUUCUGGAGUGCUGGUCCCAGGGAAGCCAGACCUCACCCUGCUGCCUGGUUUGCACUGGCUGGGGCACCUGAGCCACUUGAGUAAGCAGCAAACUCAGCCCAGCAGCAAAGGCUGGAGUCCUGCAGCCCAGGUGCUCUGAGAGAAGCUGUUGGAAAAGCAAGCUGAGCUGCCCAAGGACAAGAGGUGCCAUUUGGUGACCAAGAGACCAUCUCAUCUGCAACUGGAGGCACCGUCUCCUGCAGGCUUCCCAGCCCUGGGAGCACCGAGCCAGCCUCAGCAUCUCGCCGCAGCCCCUACAGAGCUCUGGGCACAGCCCUGCUCACCUUCUGUCUUGCAGCUCCUGACAUUGUCCAGCAUUGCCCAAGUGGGCUGGCAGGUUUUCAGCACUGAAAACCAGAUGUUGCCAAAUUUCCAGUGGUUACUUUUGGUGCUUUAGGCUGUGACUUUAACAGAAAUAUGUAUGUCAUGCCUCUUGCAAAAACAGAUAGGAUUUACUCCUUAACAAGGGUUAGCUCUGUUUUCAGCUGCCUUCCUCUCUGCAGAGAUGGCCAUCUAGCUCAGAAAUGUUGCUGUCAGCUUUCCAUGAGCAUGAGUUCUGUAGAACCCUCUGCAGAAACACACAGGCCUCUCCCAGCCUCUUACUAUUUGGCCACCAAGCAGCUGCUGGGUUUGUACCUGCAAAAAUAAUCACCUGAAUAUUUUUACCAGUAAAAUGACUUAUUUUUUCGCUCUGACUGAGCAGAGUUUUUGCCCUAUCUUGGUUUCCUGUAUACUUUGAUGCUCCUGUUAACAGAACCCCUCAAAGCAGUCCUAGAGCUGCUGCUGCAAGCUGCACUCCCUCCAGCACCCUACCUUUCUGCAGCAAAUCCAGAGCAGUUUUUGUAGCUCAGGUGUAUGGAAUGGAAAGAAAGCUGGGAAGGAGCACAGUGUUAAAAAUAAGCUAAGAGAGCGCAGCAGGAAAUGUGUGCUGAUUAACCUGAGCUGUCACCCAGCAGCCAAACCAAGGCCUCCAGCCGGGUCUUGGAUGCGUCCAGAGAAAUGGUGCCGACCCUCAUGGACCGAGGCUCCCCAAGGGUGGCUGCCAGGAGCUGCUCUUCACCUUGGCUUGAGCUUCCAUGAGUGUGGCUCAUAGUCUUCCCUACAUCUUCAUGUAGAGUUUCCUGUCACCUAGCUUCAAAACAGGAAACAGAAGCAGAAUUCUUCCAGCAGUUUUCUUAGCAUCUAUUUUUUUUCAUACUUACUGGAAAAAUCAAGUGGCAGAGGAAUAACCAUCUUCUCAGAAAUAUAGCAAACCAGUGAAAAUGCAAGGGGUGGAGUUUUAGUGACAGCUUAGUUUUUGUGGGCCAGUCGAAUGUUAGUUUCCUUGCUUAAUUGUAAGCUCAAAUCCCAGUAAGGAAAGAGAUUGCUGCAUGUUUGCAAGCACCACACUUGAUGCUGCCUUUUUACCUUAUUUUAAGAGCCCCAGAGAGCUUUUCUGGAAUGGGCAUAAAUAAGGUGUUAUUUGAAUGGAAAUGCUUAUGGCAAAGACAUAAAUUAUACUGGUCUGUUGUAAAGAUACACUGUAGAGGAAAAAAUGCAUUCUUGUUUCUUAUAUUUAUGAAAAUGUAUCUAUAUGUGUGUAUAAACAAGACAUGCACAUCUAUACAUACCUCUAUAUAUUUAUAUAGAAUUCUGUGCAUGUAUUGUACAGGUUGGCAACUAAAAAUACUUAGCAAUACUUAGUACUCUUCCCCUAAAAGCAAAUGGUUGGUGUGAUGCACUGAAGGCUGUUGUGCAAGGUUUGACUAAAUAUAUUUCCCAUACCUAAAAGUUG